UAAAAAGCUCGGAUUUCGAGAACCCCCACUAAUACCCCAUCAGCAGCGCAAUGAUGAUGUCUCCAUUACUAUCUGUCAAAGCUUGAAGGUGGUUUCAACUUUCAAGCUCGGAGCAUCGACCAUGGCUAUCAUCACAGAAGAACCAGAACCAGAGCCACAACAACAACCUCGCAAACCAAAAACCAAAGCCAAACGUCCGUCUUCUCCACCAACCCACGGCGGCAACAGCAACAACAGCAACAGCAACAACAACCCUUUCUCUUUCUGGUUCUACUUCACUCUCUCCGUUUCCCUCCUCACUCUCGUCUUUGUAUUCACCUCUUCCCUUUCUCCCCGUGACCCCAAAGCCUGGUUUCUCACUCUCCCCGCUUCCCUCCGCCACCACUACUCCAACGGCCGCACCAUCAAGGUCCAGACGCACCCCAACGAAACCCCCAUCCAAGUAUUCACCUUUCAAGAGGGUUCCACAACGUCCGAAAACAUAGUCAUUGUGCAUGGCCAGGGUCUCAGCUCAUACUCCUACCGCCAACUCGCCAAAUCUCUCGCCGCCAAGGGAGUGCACGUCACCGCCGUUGAUCUCCCUGGACACGGCUUCUCCGAUAAGUCCGUGGAGGUGUCCCUGGAGGGGGUCGACGGGAUUUUGGGGCGGUUUCAGUACGUGUACAGUGAGAUUCAAGAGAAGGGUGUCUUCUGGGCGUUUGAUCAGAUGGUGGAAACCGGUCAAAUACCGUACGAGGAGAUUCAAGCGCGUAUGUCGAAGAGAAAAGUGAGAGAGCCCGUUGAUUUGGGUCCACAAGAGAUGGGAAAAGUGUUGGGGGAAGUUAUCGAUUCGAUGGGGCUUGCACCUGUUCACUUAGUUCUGCACGAUUCCGCGUUGGGGUUGUGUGCUGAUUUUGUUUCUCAGAGAGCUGAGUUGGUGAGGAGCGUGACGCUUAUCGAUGCGGCGUCGUAUGGGGCUUUUCCCCUUUGGGUGCUGGAGGUCCCUGUGGUGAGGGAAGUGGUGUUAGGGGUUUCUUUUGUGUAUGCUAAGGUGGUGGGUUUGUGCUGUUCCAAGAGGGUUGGCGUGGCUGAUUCGGAUGCGUUGAGGUUGUUGUUGAAGGAGAGGGAUGGGAGGAGGGCGGUCGUGAAUGUGGGAAAGAGGGUGAAUUCCAGCUUUGACUUGGCAGAGUGGAGUGAGGGAUUGAAAGCUAUGCCAAUGCAGGUGCUGUGGUCUGCUGGCUGGUCUCAUGAAUGGAGUCAGGAAGGUGACAGGGUUGCCAAUGCGCUUCCACAGGCCAGUUUUGUUACACAUUCUGGAGGACGCUGGGCUCAGGAAGAUGCAGCAGUGGAGAUAGCUGACAAAAUUUCUCAGUUUGUGUUGUCAUUACCAAAGUCUGUCAGGAAAGUUGAGGAAGAAUCCAUCCCAGAGCACAUACAGAAGGUGCUUGAUGAAGCAAAAAACAGUGGUCAUGAUCACCACCACCAUCAUAGUCAUGGUCAUGGACAUGAUCACCAUGAUGAACUAUGAUGAUUCUCAAAUCCAUGGAGCCAAUUAUAGAUGAACCUCAUGGUUGGUGAAAGUGAACAUCGGAUUCAAAAUUGCAGAUAAUACUCUAGUGCUCAUACAUUGUAUUAGUCAAGAAGCUUAAGUUUGCACCCAGAGCAGCUAAAGCAUACAUGUUGUAUUUUAUUUAUUUUUACUGUUUUACAUUUUCAAAAUUUUUAGAGUGUCACUCGUAACAACGAUUACAUCGAGCUACUUGGACCUACUUUUUGAGUUUUGGGUUUGGAAAGAAUAGAUUUUUAUCCGUGGA